AAAACCCGCUAACGGCUAGCUACAGUACACUACUGUAGGCUUGUACCACAGGCAAGCAAGGGCAGCACUACAUCGCCAAAGACGGCGGCCGUUCGCUGCCAGGAAGCCCACUUCGGAGCUUCGGGCCUGCAGCUCGGGCUGUCACGUCAUGGGGCAGCUUCGUCCGCUUUUCUCCGUCUGCACCCAAACUCUACAAAAACAACGACAUUUCUUACUUUGUGAACCUGAGUAUAGUCACCAGCACUUGAUCCGCCGCGUGUCCUCGCAGCUUCUCCGCCCAUUCCUCGUCCGAUUGAACUGUCCAGCGUUCCCCAGCGCAGCUCGUAUGGGCAGGGCCGCCGCCGAGGAAUUGUCCUGUACCGCUGUACCCGUAAGCAGCAACCCACAGCGAGCAGCACCACCACCAAACAGCAGGCAGCCCACCUGGAUUAGUGGCGGACGGACGAUUUCCCGAUUCGAGUAAACUGCGGUACGAACCCCUCGCUCGCCCGAGUUUAUAAUCCCAACACGACGGAAAAAAUAAAAGAAGAAGAGAAAAAAUGUCACCCCAAACAAGGCGGCAUGCUGCUCGUCUCGCCGGCCGCUGCUGCGUGGCGCCGUUAAUUCCAGCGCCCUGCCCCAGCAGUGGCUACGGCGCGCUUCUAGCGCCUGUGGUGCGACUCGGGCCCCACGCGGUGCAUCGCGCUCCUCGACAGGGCUCUGGGAGGACACUUGUUGGACCCAAGCUGCACAUGCACAGGCGACUCGUGCAGACACUCACCACCACCACCACCACCACAACCUCUUUGGCCUCAGCAUCUUCUACUUCUCCCACUCUAGUCCCUCAUUGCGCAUUUCCUUUUCCGUCCACCCCAAAACACCCCUCCAUCACACACUUCUCCGCCAAAUCCUACUUUACAAACACCAACAGAGACGACACCCACGCAUUCCACCUCCCCCCUCUACGAAGCCGCCUCCAGAAGCUCGUCCUCGUCAUGGGCUCAGCGCACCAAACACGCGACCAUGGCGGUCAUCACGGCCACAGCCAUAGCCAUGCCCAUCACGACAACUCCUUCCUCAUCUCCGCCAACACCAGCGACCCCGGCGUCCGCAUCACCCGGAUCGGCCUGCUCUCCAACCUGCUCAUGGCCAUUGCCAAGUUCAUUGGCGGCUGGACCUUUGGCUCCAAGGCCAUGGUGGCCGACGCAUGGCACAGCAUUACCGACCUCGCAUCCGAUAUCCUCACUCUCGCUACUGUCUCGUGGAGUAUCAAGCCUCCCUCCGAUCGCUUCCCGCUUGGCUUUGGCAAGGUCGAGAGCUUGGGCUCGCUAGGCGUGUCGGGCAUGCUUGUUGUGGGAGGCUUCUAUAUGGGCUGGGAGAGCGCAAUUAGUCUGUUUGGCUACUUUAGCCCAGAACUUGCACAUACAAUCGGUGACAUGCUUGGCGGCAGCCAUGGUCACGGCCACAGCCACUCCCACAGCCAUACCGACCUGGGCAUCCCUAGUCUGCAUGCCGCUUGGUUGGCGGGCGCCACCAUUCUGGUCAAGGAAUGGCUCUACCAAGCUACCAUGAAGGUCGCCCGCGAACGCAAGUCCUCCGUCCUCGCCUCCAACGCCGUCCACCACCGCGUCGAUAGCUUAACGGGCAUUGUCACCCUGGCGGCGAUCAUUGGCGCCAACCUUGUUGAAAACGCCGCCUGGCUGGAUCCUGUCGGUGGACUCUUGAUUUCGCUCAUGGUGGUCAAGGCGGGCGUCGACAACACAAAGUCGGCCCUCUACGAGCUUGCCGACAUCAGCAUCGAGGAUGAGGUCAAGGGAAGCGUGCGCAAGCAGACGCAGCGUGCCUUUGCCAAUGUCCCACAAGGCCACGAGGCUGAGCUCCGCGAUGUGAGUGGUAUCAAGUCUGGCCAAAACUACCUGGUCGAUUUGGAGGUUGGCGUCCCGGGCAAGUGGACUGUUGAUGGCUUCCGGGAGCUCGAGGAUGCUGUGCGGGCACAGCUGGGCGCCAAGGUCCGCGGUGUGAAGCGCGUUCGUGUCCGCUUCGUCUCCAAGGACGGCCCUGUUAACGAAAAGUUUGAUGAAUUUGUUGCUGGCAACGUCGACGCUGACCCAGAGGAUGAGAGCGAGACGGAGGCCAACGGCCACUCGCAUAAGCACUAGAUAUUUCGCGGUACCAUUUCAUGGAUAGAUUUCAUUGAUAGGCACUCCUCCUACCUGCUGCCAUAUAUCAAUUGUUAAAUAUACAUUUGAAUAUCAAUACUGGUUUUUCGUCUGUCA